CCCCCACCAAAUGCUGGUUGACCCGUACACCUCGACACGCGACGUCUGAUCCUCCAUUAUCUUGGGAUAUCUUCUUUCGUCCUCAAAAACAUCUCGGCUCGCAGCGCACGCCGACUCUUCCGAAUCGCAUCCUCUCCGUUCCGCUAGCGGUGCGGCGCGUCGUCUGUUUCGAGAUCGCCAAGCCGCCCGGGGCCGUUGCCUUCAGCUACGAGGCUGUGGACGGCGAAGCAGCCAGCUGUCAAGAAUCCAUCGCCCUCCUUCUUCCCUCCCUCCGUCGCCGUCGCCCUCUCUAUGCAUCAUGAAAUACCUUAAGGGCAUACUGCUGCCCGCCCUCCUGGCGCUCGCGCCCUUUGCCACGGCGAGAGACGAACCCACCGUCGAUGUCCAAAAGUUCGACGGCGAGCUCGUCAACAUCUUCUAUUUCGACGAUUCCGAAACCGCCCUCCUCGCCGAAGUACCCACCAGCAAGGUUUACCGCUCCACAGAUGCCGGGAAGUCGUGGGACGCCGUGAAAGAUCUACGGACUGUUGGCAUCAUCAAGAACCCGUUUGACAACCAGGUCGCCGUGGUUCUAGGCGAGACGAAACACUGGAUCACAUACAAUCAGGGCGAGGACUGGACGGAGUUCCACACCCAGUUCGGGCCCUCGCUAUUCGGGCAGCCGUUGAGCUUUAAUGCAAAGGACAGCAAGAAGGUGCUCUAUCAUGAAAUCGAAGACUGCUUUACUGCGCCAUGUCUCGGGAGGACGUACUACACCGAAGACGGCUUCAAGUCGAAACCGAAGGUCUUGCGCGAGGACCGGAAAAUGUGCAUGUGGGCGAAGAGCUCCGAGCGCUUCCUCAUGGACGAGAGCAAGCACGACGAUCGCAUACUGUGUAUAACGCAAGGCAAAUACUCGGAUCGCUCCAAGGACUUCAGGCUGCUCAUAACUGACAACUACUACAAGGAUGAACAUGAACCUGUCAUGUCCUCCGGUCGCACGGUCCAAGGCAUGGCGAACAUGGCGGCCGUGAAAGGCUAUUUUGUCGUCGCUGCGAAAUCUGACCGCUCGAACGAGCUAUCGCUCUACGUAACCGACGAUACCGAGACCUGGCAUCAUGCUGAAUUUGGCGAGGGCAAGAUAGAAGAGGAUGCUUAUACCAUACUCGAGUCCACCAACUACAGCAUCCAGGUUGAUGUCAUGACGUCCAAGUUUGCUCUGAUGGGUUCGCUCUAUACGAGCAAUUCUAACGGGACCUACUUCACCAAGAACGUGGAUCACACCAACCGCAAUGAUCAGGGGUUCGUGGAUUUCGAGAAGAUAUCAAAUAUUCGAGGCAUUGUCAUGGUCAAUGUGGUCGACAAUUACAAGGAGGCCGAGAGUCCAUAUGCCAAGAAGAAGCUCAAGUCGCGAAUCAGCUUCGAUGAUGGACGGUCAUUCGAGCCGCUCAAGGCCAAAGGCGAAGACAAGGAGCUGCACUUACAUUCGGUCACCAACCUUCACAACAGCGGACGCGUCUUCUCUAGCCCUGCGCCCGGUAUCGUUAUGGGAGUGGGGAAUACUGGCGAGUUUCUGGGGAAAUACUCCGAUGGUGACCUAUGGGUCUCCGAUGACGCCGGGCUUACUUGGGAGCUUGCGCUACAAGAGGCGCACAAGUACGAGUUCGGCGACCAAGGAGCGGUUCUUGUGGCCGUAUACGAUGAGGGUGACACCGAGACCAUCAAGUAUUCACUCAAACAUGGUCGAAAGGACACCUGGAAGGAGAUAAAGCUUGACUACAAGAUCCGUGCCCGCGAAUUGACGACUGUCCCAGACUCCACCAGCCUCAAAUUUAUCCUCUAUGGGUCCAGAAGCAAAGAUGGUGGUGGCAGGGAGCACGUCAUUCUUCACCUGGACUUCUCUGGGUUGCACGAGCGCAAAUGCGAAGAGAAGGAUUUCGUCAAAUGGCCUGUGCGAGCAGAUGAGAGCGGACCCAUGUGUGUUAUGGGUCACAAGCAAUUCUUCCGCCGCCGCAAGUGGGAUGCUGAUUGCUUCGUGGAGGAGGACUUCAAGGAUCCUAUGCCAGAAUUCGAACCUUGCGAAUGCGAUGAGGUCAGAGACUACGAAUGCGACUACAACUUCACACCAGACUGGGAGGAUAACGUCAAAAACUGUGUACCCUCGGGCGCCAUAGAACUCCCUGAAGACGCCUGCAAGGGUGACGCCAAGACGUACAUGGGCAGUUCUGGCUGGAGGAAGAUCCCGGGCAACAAAUGUAAAGGCGAGACCAAAAAGGACAAGAAGGUCGAACGCAAGUGCGACGAAGCAUCGACACCACCAUCAUCUAACCAGAUCACCAAGGAAAUAACGAACUUCAAAGGCACCAAAUUCCGGGAAUAUUACUAUCUCGAGCGUCCGACGCAGGAUGACGAACGUUCGAGGGACAAGGACGAGACUGUUGUUAUGCUAACCAGUGAGCGUGAAGCAUACAUUACGCAUGAUCAUGGCAAGCACUGGAAGAAAGCGGUCGACGACGAGAUUGUGGCCAUCUACCCACAUCAGUACAACAACGACUAUGUCUACUUCCUUACCGCGUCGAAAAAGGUCUAUUACUCCAUGGAUCGAGGGUUGAGGGACAGCACCCACUCAUUCGAUGCACCGCAGCCGCCGAACGCACAGUUGCUGCAAUAUUUGCAAUUCCAUCCUGACCACUCCGACUGGAUUAUCUGGAUUGGCGGCGAGCACUGUGAGAGAGUCAGCGAUCGCGAAUGCCACACUAUCGCCUCCAUCUCUCAAAAGAACGGCGUAGAAGGGAGCUGGGAGUCUCUGUUGCCGUACGUAAAGAAAUGCGCAUUCGUGUGGCGCGAGGCAGGCCGACACGUCGAUGAAAAGGAGGUCUUCUGCGAGCAGUACACGAACGAGGAAAUGGGCGCUCCAGUCGAACUAAUCUCCAGCGAAGACUGGUUCAAGACCAAAGACGUCAAGUUCAAGUCGGUCGUUGAGUUUGCUACCAUGUCCGAAUUCAUCAUCGUAGCAACCAAGGGCGACGAUGGAAACUCUCUCAAACUGCAUGCCAGUCUUGAUGCCAAAACUUUCGCCGAGGCCAAAUUCCCACCGAAAUUCCCGGUCGACCACCAAACGGCUUACACCGUGCUGGACAGCUCCACGCACUCGGUCUUCCUUCAUGUAACGGUCAACGCCCGGGAGGGUCAGGAGUACGGCUCCAUCAUCAAGAGUAACAGCAAUGGUACCUCUUACGUGAUGAGCCUCAACGCGGUCAACCGGAACACGGACGGCUACGUCGACUUUGAAAAGAUGCAGGGCAUUGAGGGUGUUGCGCUUGCUAACGUAGUGGCGAACGUGGAAGAGGUCGAUAAAGGCGCUAAAAAGCAGAAGCAAACCCGGAUCACGCACAACGACGGCGCGGACUGGGGCCCUCUCCAAGCUCCCGCGAAAGACUCGGAGGGUAAUCGUUAUUCCUGCGACGUGUCGAACAAGAACGAGUGCUCGCUGCAUCUCCAUGGUUAUACCGAGCGUGCGGAUCCACGUGAGACGUUCUCUUCUCCUACCGCCGUGGGCAUCAUGAUGGGUGUCGGAAAUGUUGGCAAACAGCUCACCACCAUUGGCGAAGCGAGCACUUUCAUCACCACUGACGCAGGCCUCAGCUGGACGGAGAUCAAGAAGGGCACCUACGCAUGGGAAUUCGGUGACCAAGGCUCCGUCAUCGUAAUUGUCCGACGUGGCGAAGAUACCGAUCAUCUGUACUAUUCUCUGGAUACCGGUGAGACGUGGAAGCUCUACAAGUUCUCUCCCCACGCUAUCAGGGUUGACGCCAUCACAACCGUCCCUAGCGACACUUCACUAAACUUCCUCCUCUGGGGCAAGGAUGGCAGGGAGCUGGUGGCCAUCAACGUUGACUUUUCGGGCCUGGACGAAUUCUCAAAGAAGUGCGAAUUGGAUGAGAACAACCCGACCGCAGGCGACUAUGACGUAUGGCGUCCACAACACCCAAUGCAGAACGACCAGCCUGAGUGUCUUUUCGGUCAUGUCGCUGAGUACCACCGCAAGAAGCGCGGUGUCAAAUGCUACAACGGCCAGCGAAUCGAUCAUCUGCACAACAUCGCCCGAAAUUGCACCUGCACCAGGCGGGAUUUUGAAUGUGACUAUAACUUCGAGCGACUACCCGGCGGCGAAUGCAAGAAGAUCCCGGGUCUUGGCCUACCUGAGCCAGACGCGGUCUGCAAGCAAGGCGCGUCAGAGUAUUGGGACAUCACAGGUUACCGCAAGAUUCCCAUCUCGACGUGCCAUGGGGGGCAGGAGAUGGAUCAUACGAGCGCGGUGCACGCAUGCCCGGGACACGAAAAGGAGUUUGAGCGCAAGCACGGCAUCUCUGGCUUUGGCAUCUUCCUGGCGGUUGUCAUACCGUUCAUCGCAGCUGGCGGCAUCGGGUACUACGUCUGGCGCAACUGGGACGGCAAAUUUGGUCGCAUCAGAUUGGGCGAUAGCGCUACCCGGUUUGACAGCGGGAGUCCCUGGAUCAGUUGGCCGGUUGCGGCGAUCUCGGCUGUGGUGGCUGUGGUGGCGGCAGUUCCCAUGCUAAUAGGCAGUCUGUGGAGAACGGUGUCGAACAGGUUUGGUGGGUAUGGCGGACGCACGUACACGAGCCGCAGUUCCUUCGCUAGGGGCAGAGGAGACUAUGCGGUUGUGGAUCCGGAUGAAGGGGAGCUGUUGGGUGAGGACAGUGACGAGGAAGUGUAAGCUAUGUACGAUGCUCCCGUUUUGGGGUACGGAGGAGGGACAAUUUUUAGAUAGAGGCAUGGUGCAUUGGGGAGUUCUUUCUCUCGCUUGUUCUUUGGGAGGAUGCAUAGCGUCACGCAAGCAGAGGAGAUCGGAUCUUGGAUGUCCGGUUCCCUUUGCACUUGGAUUUGUAGAUUGCAACUGGUCCUUGUACAUUCAUUGUAUCAAAUUUAUCUUGUGUCGAUCACAUGGGAUUUUCUUUGUUUCUG